AUGGGGGGUGACGUGUCUCUUGCUGACCUGGAGGCAACUCUUGCCACGCUGUCACGAUCUGCACAGGGGAGGGGGGACGCGGGAGCAGGGCAAGGCAGACACCAUCGGGCCUCGUCCUUCUCACACGCAUCUCUCUCCCACUCCUCCCGUAACCCCCGUUCUCGCUCCCCCCUCCCCCCAUCCCCCUCCGCCCGCUCCGCAUUUGCGCACUCCCCCUCCAAUCAAUCCCCGUCCCCCUCUGCCCGGCGCUCCCCCUCCCCCUCCGCGCGCUCCCGCUCCCCUGCGCCCACCACCCGCUCCCCCAACGCCUCUCGCGGCAGCAUGCAUGCGCGGUCACGCAGUUACCACAUGGGCCCCACCUUUGCUGUGCCCACUGCUGCUGGCGCUGUUGAUGGUGCUGCUGCUGGGUCAGGGAUGAGGGUAGGAGCUGGUGGUGUGAGUGACGGUGCCAAUGUGGGGGAGGGUGGCGGAACGAGGAGGGGAGGGCACCACCGCAGCAGGAGCAUCAACACCACCGGUGGUCUCUGCAGCACAGGAGGGGGUGGGGAAGCAGGAGAAGCGAGAGCGGGAGGGGGAGGGCCGGGUCAGUCAAGCUCUGCUGGCACAGGCAGCACGGGCAGCAGUCUAGGCGGCAGCAGCAGGCGGUUCUUGCAGCGGCCACUCAGCUUCAACGCCGUUCAAGGCCUCCUUCUCUCCCGCUCUGGCCCUCGUACUCCCCUCCCCACCUGCACCUCCCUCCUCUUCCCCUCUCCUCUGACCGGCCUCUCGCCCUCCCCGUCUCCUCCCAUGCUCUCGCGCAGCCCCAACCGAGCCAACAGAUCAGCCCUGGGGGACGCGGAUGGCGAGGCAGAAACCGAGAGGGGCAGGGGAGAGUGCGAGGGGGGAGGGGGGGAGGGCGUUUGGAAAGGGAGGGGGAGCAGAGGGGAAGGGGAGGCGGGUCGAGGGGGCCGAGCAGGAGCAGGAGCCGCACUGGCGGGCGCGGAGGGGAUGGGCAUGGGGCUGUCGUGGUCCAUGGGGCCGGCGAGGGACGCGGGGAGAUGUUGCUACUGGGGCGGCGCUGUUCCUGCUGCUGCUGCUGGUGCUGCUGCUGGUGAUGGGAUGGAAGGGGAUGCUGGUUUGCUUGCGCCUGUUGACCACCACGCUGGCUGCUGCUGGUCGUCGUGCUGUGGAUCGGGAUGGUUACGCUGGGUAACGCUGGUCAUGCUGGUAACCGCGCGCGACAGGAGGGCGGGGGGAGCAGGUGCACCGGGGCACAGGCGGUUUGUGUCAGACCUCUUCUUCGAUGCCCCCAUGGAUUACUUCCAGCCCUUCCUGCCCUCCCCUGCUAACUCCUCCGUGGUAAGUGGCAGUGGCGGCAGCAGGGAGAGAGCCUUCAUCGGAGCAGCUCUUAUGGAGGACACGGGCGCAUGUUCUCUGGCGGGGAAGGGUUGUCGGGAUCAAGGGAUCUCUAUCCGACAAGGGGACAAAGGCGGCAUGAGAGACUCCCUGGGCGGCGGAGACAUCUUCUUAAGUGCACGGGAGGCGGGCGGCAGAUGCCACAGGCUCCACUCUGCAAGCCAGAAGGCGCGAGCAGCGGGGAGCACGCGCUGUUUCCCAAGGGCGAUCCGACCGGGACCUGCUUUUCUCGAGGAAGGCGGGCGAUUCCGCGCCCCCCCUCUGGUUCGCUGGGCUCACAGCGACCUGCUGUCAGCCAGUCUGGCACGGGUCGUUCCGUGGGCUCAGACGAGGUGGAAUACCGCGAGGGCGCGUUCGGGGAGCUUGGAGCGCGUGGGAGGUGGGGAUCGAGGGGCGGCGGCUGCUGCUGCUGCAGUUUUCGGCGGUGCUGCUGGCAGUGGGGCCACGGGAUCGAGUGCUGGUGGCUUCAGGGGUGGGCGGGAGCGGUUUGGGUUCCUGUCGUCUGACUUUGACUUUGACCUGCGCACCGGCCCGCUGUACCCGGAUGGCCCCUCUGAGCCCACUCCCUCCGCUGAGACCUUUCUGAAGCCAGAUGCCAUGGGUGUGCAAAACGCUAGGGGCAUUGAUGAGAGGGGCGGUGAGGAGGGUGGCAAUGGGAGUGGUGGGAGCAGAUCCACUGUGGCAUGCGCAGCCUGGAGCAGAUGCAGCAGGACGCCUGUGACGCUGCCAUGGCCGCUGCUGCUAGCUGCUGCUGCCGCUGCCGACGCUGCUAGCAUCGUGGAUUGCAGCUCGGCAGAGCUUCCCGGCGAUGCUGCUGCUGCUGUUGCUGCUUUUGCCGCCGCUGCUGCUGCUGUUGCUGCUGCUGCACCCGCCGCAUGCGAGAGGACAGGAGAGGACAUACGGACGCCAGGGGGGUCGGUGCUGGGGAGGGGGCUGCGCGAGCUGAAGGAGGUGUACGUGGUGGGGCGCGCACCCGUGGGGCGCGGGCAGUACGGCACAGUGCGCAAGUGCGUGCACCGUGGGACUGGCAAGGCGUAUGCUUGCAAGAGCAUCGGCAAGCGGAGCCUGCUGAGUGCGGCGGAGAAGGAGGCGGUGCGGCGCGAGGUGGGGUUCCUGGAGCGGCUCAAGGGGCAUGCCAACAUCAUCCGCAUGAAGGAGACCAUCGAGAGCACGAGGCACGUGCACAUCAUCAUGGAGCACUGCGAGGGCGGCGACCUCCUCGACCGCAUCCAGCUGCACCGCAACUUCCCGGAACCCUCCGCAGCGCGCAUCUUCCGGUCGCUCAUGCGCGCGCUGCAGCACUGCCACGCGCACGGCAUCGUGCACCGCGACAGCAGCAGCGUGGGCACGAGUGCCGGCAUGGGCGCGAGCAGCUGCAAUUUCAGCAGCGAUGCCGUGAAGCUGAUUGACUUCGGCGUGGCCACGCUGUACAGCCCUGAGAAGCCGUGCCGCGACGUCAUCGGCACGUCUGAGUACAUGGCUCCCGAGGUCUUCGACCAAUCGUACGGCCCGGAAUCCGACGUCUGGAGUGCGGGGAUUGUCCUUAUUCAUGCUGGUGAUUGGCCGAGCGCCGUACAGCGACCCACCCUCCACCGGAGGCUCGGUGGCACCGGAGGAGAGGCCCGGGUGGCCGAGCGUGCUGGUGGCGAAGGAGGCGGGGUUCUACAGCGUGCGCGAGUGGGAGAACCUGUCGGCGGCAUGCAAGCACCUCAUCUGCUGGAUGCUCGUCAAAGACCCCACCGCCAGACCCACGCCACAACAAGUGCUCGACAGCCAAGUCCCACUCCUGAUCCGGCUCCCCUUGCCCAUCCCAUGCUUGCUGUUUCCAACCUCCUCCAUUCUUUCCCCAUCCCGUCCCCAUCCCGCCCCCAUCCCGUCCCCAUCCCGCCCCCAUCCCGUCCCCAUCCCGUCCCCCAGAUCACGAGUGGCUAUCUAUGA